AAUGGGUUUGGAGUCCGAAUCCAAGAGAAGCAGAGGUUCCUCCACUUUGGGAGUUCGUUGGGGAAAUUUUAUACUCUUAGCUCAUUGACCUUCCUUUUUCGUUUCUCUUUUUUUUCUUUUUGAGUUUGAGGGAAAUCCAUCGUAUAUUCUCAAUUCUAUCACAGAAGUACGGUAAUUUGACUCAGGGACGAGUUAGAAGAUGUAGGAUGUCAGCAUUGAUGUCAAUCGCAGGAGGGUUAUUGGAAAGAAAACUGCAUAAAUAGAAGAAUUCGAAGAUUUCGUGACUGAUAUCUAAAGGUUUACUAACUCGCUGCAAGUAACUUGCAGGGAAAUGGCUACUCUGGUUGAGCCGCCUAAUGGAAGGGGAUCCCAAGGGAAACAUUACUACUCGAUGUGGCAAACGUUGUUCGAGGUUGAUACAAAAUAUGUUCCCAUUAAGCCCAUCGGUAGAGGAGCUUAUGGUAUAGUGUGCUCUUCUAUCAACAAGGAAACGAAUGAGAAAGUUGCAAUUAAGAAGAUUAAUAAUGCCUUUGAGAAUCGUACUGAUGCACUGAGAACUCUGCGGGAACUGAAACUCCUUCGGCAUCUACGACAUGAGAAUGUGAUUGUUUUGAAGGAUGUAAUGAUGCCUAUCCAUAGGAGAAGUUUCAGGGAUGUUUAUCUGGUUUACGAACUUAUGGAUACAGAUCUCCAUCAGAUUAUCAAAUCUUCUCAGGCACUUACAAAUGACCACUGCCAAUAUUUCAUCUUGCAGUUGCUUAAAGGAAUGAAGUAUCUCCACUCAGCAAACAUUCUUCACCGGGAUCUGAAGCCUGGAAACCUCCUUGUGAAUGCAAAUUGUGAACUUAAGAUCUGUGAUUUUGGACUGGCACGCACCAGCAGCACCAAAGGCCAGUUCAUGACUGAGUAUGUUGUUACCCGUUGGUAUAGAGCCCCUGAACUUCUCCUCUGCUGCGAUAAUUAUGGGACCUCUAUUGAUGUCUGGUCGGUGGGAUGUAUUUUUGCCGAGCUUCUUGGUCGAAAACCUGUCUUUCCUGGUACUGAGUGCCUCAAUCAGCUCAAACUGAUCAUCAGCGUUCUUGGAAGCCAGAGUGAGGCAGAUCUUGAGUUCAUUGACAACUCAAAGGCUAGGAAGUACAUCAAGUCACUCCCAUAUUCCCCUGGGACCCCCUUUUCCCAGUUAUAUCCCAAUGCAAAUCCUUUGGCAAUUGACCUAUUGCAGAGAAUGCUCGUCUUUGAUCCAUCUAAAAGAAUUAGUGUCACGGAAGCUCUCCAACAUCCUUACUUGUCGGCUCUGUAUGACCCAAAAGGCAACCCUCCUGCCCAGGUCCCAAUCGACCUUGACAUAGAUGAGGACUUGGAUGAAGAAAUGAUCAGGGAGAUGAUGUGGAAAGAAAUGCUUCACUACCAUCCUGAAGUAGCUUCGGCCAAUGCGUAAGAAAACCACCAUUCUGUGGAAAGGUCUGUGAAGCAGCUUCCUUCUUCCAUUUUAUUUUCUUGAAGAUGCAUGCAUUAGAGGUUUGUGUUGUUGGUGCAUGAGAUUAGUUUUAAGAAUUGUUUUUUGGUUCAAGCUGGUCUGCAUGGUAUGUGGCCUCUUUAAGUUGUACAUUAAGUGUGCUGUUGUAUGUGGUAUGGACACUUCAGUCUCUUUGUACAUUCACGCUUAUAUAUAUGUACUGCAAUGGUAUAAAGUUGUGGUUGUUUUCCUGUCUUGUGGAA